GGCGGGUCUGUUUUAAACACAAGUUGUUCCUGUUAAUUGCAUUCUCUAAUGCUUAAGCUAUAUGCAAAUGCAGAUAAAAAAUCAAGUUUAUAUUCCCCUUGAUAGCUUUAUGGGUUGCACAAGUUUUAUGAACUGUAAACAAUGUCUACCGAUAUAGUUCCAAAGGAAUGAAAACAAGUUUUAUCUGGUGUCCAUGGAGACGAUAGUCGUCAGAGGUUCUGGUGCGGAGCGUGUACGGAGGAGGGUGAUAAACAGCUGCAGGUGUUUCUCUUCCCUUCCUCUCGCGUUCCCGGGUCUUCUGUACAUCAUCGUCUUUCUAAACGUCAGCAGUUCAAGCCGAAAUCUAUUCAUGCUGCUAAGGAGAUGUCAGAUUCUACAAAAUAAAGUCUAGUAUUGAGCACAUUAUGACGGACUGUAAAGUCAAGGACAGGCUAAAUCAAGGAUCAUUAAGGGUUGCUACUACCAAAAUCCUAAAUGGUCGAUACCACAGCGCCACUUAGUGUACAAUGGCGAAACCGCAGUCAGGAAGGAAGGCCAGUUGUGCGUCAAGAUGUUUGUAUACAUAGGGAAUGCAAAUAUCAACUUUUAUUCACCAGGUGACCAAUAUUGGUGCAAAAUCAUAAAUUUUUCCAUGACGGCCUAGAGAAUGUGCUUAGUAAGACCCCCAGGCUCCACACAUGCCCCUGCUCUCUCAGUUGGUACACGAAUAUACAGAUGUUAUUCUUCAAGCAGAGGUUUCGGUCGGGGAGCUAGUGCCUACUAGUGGUGGUCACGCAUUGAAGGGGGUUGACGGAUCGUCAUGAUUUUUGGAAAGAGAGAACACAGGACAUUAUGCAUAUGAAGACCUAGUUUGCAUAUUCAAAGAGAAAAUGCCUUAAUCCCAUUGUGGCAAAUCCUUACUCAUGACGGUUGGAAGUUUGGACAUUAACUAUGCAAAUAAGGACAAUUAUUUGCAUAAAUUAUACAAAAUGCUUAUGUCGUAGCCUUUCUUAAAGUAGAUUGUGUUCGUCUGUUGUACCUUUAGAUUAGCUACAAAGCAGCAACAGUUUCAAAGCUAUAACGAUACAAAUAAUCAAAACGCCUGCCACUUAGCCACAUAUACCAUUGUGUUGUUUCCAUAACAAGUAGUCCUUGGCUGAUGAUAACGCAAAGUUACCAUUGUUCCAUCACAUGAAUAUUUCAUUAGAAACUUUCAGUUAAUUUCUUCUUUGUAUUGUGGCGACCAGUUGUGGGUGUUAGGUCUCUACGUGCCAUAUCUUGAGUCGACCAGACACAAGAGAAAAAUUUACUUGCUGUAUUUCUUCAGUUUGUUGGUAUAAGCCAUGUCAUCUGAAGAAUCGCCAGGGAAGUCUCAAGACCCACCAAACAACAACGUAGACGCAAAUGGCGUAGAUCUGAAGCCCCGGUCACCUGCAACGAAAGAAGGAUGGACCGACGUAAAGGAAAAGAGACGAAAAAAAUUAGUGCUCGCCCUGAAGGAGUCGUGGCCUCACGUCAAACUUGGCGUUAUCCUCGUCAUCUACGCCAUGUUCGGCGCCGUAGGAUUCUGGUUGAUAGAAUACCAUCAUGAACAAGCGCUCGUCGCCAACUUCACGGAAGCGAGGAGUCAGCUGCUGAGGGACAUGUGGAACGUUUCUCAAGACUUCACCGGGGACGACUGGGAGGAAGAGAUGACGACCUUGGUGAUGAGGUACGAACACACCAUUGUGGAAGCGUACGACGGCGGGAUCGACCCUCGGGGGGUGACAGCAGGACAGGCUGAGCUGAAAUGGGAUAUAGCCGGUUCUCUAUUCUUCUCUGUCACUGUGUUUACCACAAUCGGUUAUGGACACCAGACUCCCGCCACGGUUGCCGGUCGAGUCUUCUGUAUCUUCUACGCUAUUUUCGGCAUCCCCAUCCUGCUCCUUACCCUGGGUGAUAUCGGCGAGCUCCUAGCGAAACUCCUGAGGUACAUCGCUGCAGUCGUCAACUCCAAGCUGAGGCCCAACAUGAUGGAGUCAAGGAAGGACGACGUGCCUCUGUAUGGUAUCUUCACCGUGGUGUUCUUGAUCAUGAGCAUGGGGGCCGUCGUCAUGAUGCAGAUGGAAGACUGGACUUUCGAGCAGUCCUUUUACUUCAUCUUCGUCACCUUCAGCACCAUCGGCUUCGGCGACUUGGUGCCGCACCACAAGAUGUACGCCUUGGGGGCGUCACUCUACUUCCUCCUGGGCAUGUCACUCAUCUCAACAUCCUUCAGUCUGAGCCAGGAGGAAGUGGGAAGGCUGCUGAGGAAGUGGGAUGUUCUCAAGGCGUCAUGCAAGAGGAAGAUGUGUCCGUGCUGCGCGAACCGCGUCGGUCCCCAGGAAGAGAUGAACGGAGACCUGGAGCAGGACAACCCUGCUAUCGGCGGCCAGGACAAGCAGACCCUGGUCCACAGGCAGACACAGAUCGGCCUGCCCAUCGGGAUCAUGAGGGGUGACGCUCUGAGCGAGGACAAGCCAAAGGAAGACAGGUUCCACUGAGACGAACCAAACACGCACGGUAGAAGAGCAACAUUCCCUUUCAAUUGCCCGGUCACCAAUCUGCCAUCUAGACGAAUACAAGGCGAUAGCAAAGACCAGUCAGUGUGAUGAGACGCACAACACUUGACAUUUUGGAUUUGAAAAUACAUGUACUGGUAAAUUUGAACAUUUCUUUAAUUUGGAACCGUACCAUCUUGUCCUAGUAUUUACUAUGGGUUUGGCAUGGUUGGCAAGAGUAGGUUGUCUGUUAUGUAUGUUAUCGGUUUUAGCCCAACAAAUAAAGUUUUUAUUGAUUUGGCAAGUGUCUUUUCAAAUGCUAACUGACCAGACCAAAGCGGUUUAUACCUAAAGAUCUGGUUACACAUAGCCGACCAUUGACUAAUGGCCACUCCCAACCUUCCUCCAACCAUCACCCAUGGUUGGGAGUCGGUUGAGGGCAAGGUCGACUGUACCGUUUUCUUUAUGUGUCGUGGCCUAUACAUAAAGAAAAUGGUACAAAAUAGCAGUCGAAGCCUAACCUCUGCUUGGAGGGUAAGCAUUUUGAGCUUGGCCAUUAGUACGUCAUUCCAGUUUUCUUUUACUGGGAAAUGGCUGUCGCCAUAAGAUAGACAUGGCCUAAAAUUGGUCAGACUUCUUCCACCCUACUACCAACCUUCACCGGCUAGUAGUCAGAAGAUCCUGAAUGUGUAACCAGGGAUAAUAUAUGAUGAAACUAUACAAGGAAGUUCCAUUCAGUUUUAACUGGCAUCCAGGAUGUUUUUAGACUGCUCUCAAUGCAAUUAAAUAAACCAUGUAUUGUAACAUAGGCUCCACUGUCCUUACAUUUACAGCUGUUUAAAGCAAGAAGUUAACCCUACAUCUACUACUACCGGUAGUAUAUAUAAGUCAAUGUAGAUGUAAUAUAAGAAACCACUGUAAUUUGUAUUUCUGGUGUUAUCAAUAGGAGCUGUGCCUUAGCUAGAGCUUGCACGAGCAUAAAUGUGCAAUAAAUGCCCAUUUCUGGUGUUAUCAAUAGGAGCUGUACCUAAGAGCUUUCACGUGCAUAAAUGUGCAAUAAAUGUCCUUCAUUCAUUCAUUAAUGCUUACAUUCUAAGAGAAGGUGUGAUGAUAAAACAUGUAUAUUGUGGCGCACAGUUGUAUAGGCAUCAGCAAGUUAUGGUUUAGAGCUAGAUUGUCAAGUUACUUAGUAUAUGUCUCCUAACAGUUAUUCAUUCCUGAUAGUGAUAAGAUUCCAAAGCUACAUGUACAGUGUAAUGCUCAACCUUGCACACUCCAUGGAUGCCAAGUUUUAUUGGUUGCCUGGAAAGUCAUGAGCCUAAUAAAGCCUGAAAGAGUGAGUGAGAAAAUGCUUUAGCAAAACUGCUAUUUUGCAGUAAUGUACAUUUUUGUCAAGUACUAUUAUUCCCUUAUAACGGAGAUGGGCGCCACCCUAUGCAUCAUCGGGCGCAGGAAGGACUUUGACUUAUUCUUCCCUUGAUACAAAUGCAUGCACCCCUCACUUUUUCAGGUUUGUUUGAAAGUGCAUGGAAUACAUUAUCCAACCGAUUUCUGACAUGCAGUGAACCAAUAAGCGGUGUGAUUUAUUGAAUACAUGUCAUGUGGUAGCAUUCAUAUCUGUAAGUGUAAGAUAGAAUGAAAUCAAACUGAGAAGACCUAGGAAAAAAGUUUUCUGGUUAGCCCACCAAAAACCUGCUAAGCCUAGACUUUUUAGGGUUGAUGAGUAAUGAAGUUGAAAACUUCCUGGUUUGAGGCAAGAACAGUUGGAAGAAUGUGUAGUAAACAUUGUUCUUCUCUUUUUUUCAGUCUGUAAUUUUUGUGCUUGUAUGAUAUCUGUAUUGUUACAACAACAACAAUAUACAUGUGCCAGCCUCCUGAUGCAUUUCGUUUCACAUUAUUAGACUGAUUUGUUUAUCAAAAUUGAUUUUUUUCUAGGCCUUUUUUUAUUUAUGUUACAUUUAUUCUGAGCCAGGUACAGACAGUUAAGACUAGAAUCCAGUCUUGUUUUAGUCUGCUUCCAGUGUCCCUACCCUAGCUGUAAAGCCAACAAGGCUAGGGACAACUACCCCCUGUAUUGCCAAAAUGUAUCAAAAUUGCAUCAUUGUAAACAACGUCUUUCAAAAUUUCAUGUUUCGUGGUUUACCACUGUGCACACUGUGACAGUAGAUUUCUGUUCAAAUAUGACACAAAUAUCUCAUAAAAUAUUCAUAGGGUGAUAAUUUGGCACUGAGUAUGCUUUGUUAAAGUAUAGAUGGCAUCAAGGGAUGGUACAGAAGCUUUAAUUGCAAAUGAGAAAAUGUCCCAUUGGUCAACGUAUAAGAAUGCACAAGACAUUUGACAGCUGCAAUUGUAAAUGAGCAAUAAUAACUUUGUGUAGUACUACUAUGUGGAAAGUAGAUGUAUGUCAUUUCCACAGUUUGCUCAUGUGUCCAGUGACAUCUACACUGCAUAAAACAUUAUACAGGUUCUGAUGCCCUUACACCUGAACGGACCACUAUUCUUGUCAUUCAGGCUGAUGGGUUACAACAGCAUAAACUCUGCUGCCCUGAAAGAGGUUGCAAUUGGUACUUUUUAGUGCCAACUAUCUCAUUCAUUUGUUCAGAAUUUUGUUAUUUUACUACAGAUUCCUUAUCGCCCCUGCUGAUGAGAUAACGUUUUUAAUAGCAUGCUCUUGAAAUGUUUUUGUAAGUCUACAUUGUUGCCAUACUGUUUUGUUUGCAAUGUUGACUUGAGAUAUUGAAAGGUACUCAGAAAGGAAAUAUUUUCCUGAUGAGCUUAAAAGAUUUCCAUUUAAUUUCAAAAUGUCACCUACAGCUGUCCAAUGUACAAAGUAAAUAUAGUGAUUAUGUUUUGCAUGUGUAAUCCAAAAGUACUUAUUAGGUUGGAGUUAUUUGUGAUGUAACUGAAGGCAUAUUAUGUUUACAAAGGAUUAUACUUGCAAACUUGAUGAAGAACAUAAUAUUCAGCAUGAAGCAUAUUUUGUAAAAUUAGAUACAGUCUAAAACUGUAUUAAAUCCUGUUUUUCUACUCAAUUCUCAAACAUACCAACAAUGUAUAUGAACAUAAGGACAAAGUGAAAGAUUGAUAAAAACAAAACAGGAAAAACAAAUGUCACAUUUGAUGAACAGCCACAUGUCAGCUGAGUAAAGACAUUUUAUAACACGCGAGCUUCCAGGAGAUCAGACAUUA